GAACUCCGUGGCCUUAGGCUGUUUCUGUGGGGUCUUCGGGCUCUGUAUUUCCAUCUCUAUGGGGCCACAGGCCCACGUGUGAGCACCUGACACCAUGGCAGAGGGUAGCGAACUGAUGAGCAGGCUCAUGAGUGAGAACGCAGACCUGAAGAAGCAGGUGCGCCUCCUGAAGGAGAACCAGAUGCUGAAGAGACUGCUCAGCGAGAGUUGCCAGGAGAGCUGUGGUCGAGGGAGCCGGGACCUACUCUAUCCCAAGGUCCCUACCUACCCUGAGGCCUGCUCCCCAGGGAAUGGAGGUCCAGAGUUUGGAAGGUUUGCCGGUGUCCCUGACACGCCCUCCCAGCUACCGACAUCUUCCCUGGAGGACCUACUAUGCUCACAUGCCCCACUCUCCAGUGAGGACGAAGCCUCCCCAGGCUGUGCAAGCACUUCUCAGAUCCCUUUCAAGUCCUUCCUCAGCCCUUCGGAGCUACACGCACGAAUUGUCGACAGGAAGCUGUCUCCACUCCUGAGUCCCUUGCAGGACUCCCUGGCUGACAAAACCCUGCUUGAGCCCAGGGAAAUCUCUCGACCUAAGAAGGUGUGCUUCUCGGAGAGUAACCUCCCCACUGGGGAUAGGAGCAGGAGGACCUAUUACCUCAAUGAGAUCCAGAGUUUUUCGGGUGCUGAGAAGGAUGGCCGAAUCGUUGGGGAGAUCGCGUUCCAGCUUGACCGGCGUAUCCUGGCCUAUGUGUUCCCAGGGGUGACUCGCCUCUACGGUUUCACAGUGUCCAACAUCCCCGAGAAGAUCAAGCAGACGUCUAUCAAGUCCCUAGACGGCUCUGUGGAUGAGAAGAAGCUGCGUGAGCUGACACAUCGCUAUCUGACUCUGACGGCACGGCUGGAGAAGCUGGGCUACAGCCGCGAAGUACAUCCGGUGUUUAGUGAGUUUCUCAUCAAUACCUAUGGCAUCCUGAAGCAGCGUCCAGACUUGCGGGCCAACCCACUGCACAGCAGCCCGAAUGCCCUGCGCAAACUAGUCAUUGACAUUGUGCCGCCCAAGUUCCUGGGUGACUCCCUGCUACUGCUGAAUUGCCUGUGUGAACUUUCCAAGGAGGACAGUAAACCACUCUUUGCCUGGUGAGCCGCUCGCCUCACCCUUCCGGCAAUAAAUGUGUUUGUUCCAAACCCGGGGGCCACCCGCGUUCUCCCGCAUGGAAAGCUGUCUGCCCAGCUACAGUGGGGAGAGGCCUCCUCCACGUCUGCGCUUGCCCAGGGCAUCCAGCCGCCCGGGCUGCGCACAGCCAAUGGGCACCUGUUGCCUUAUUAAAAGCUUAUUUAUUUG